CUCUACAGCAACAAGCACUAAUCAUUGUCGAAUUUAGAGGUAAGGUCGUCGGCUACCACCACAAUACAGGUCACUGUCACAGGUCAUGGACUCAAGGGAUGGAGAGGGAGCGAUGGCAGCAUGGUAUGGAAAGUAAUGUAUCUUCAGAGAGAAACGAGUUGAGUGGACGGGUGUGGUUUCGAUGUGCGGUUGCGAAUCCCUUUCCCGCUGGGAGCACGGAAUGGAACGGAAUCUGAGAUCUACAGCGAAGGUGUAUGCACGAGGAACAUGGGGAGGUUUGUGUGCGGGGGCGGGGCGUCUGUCUGUGCGAUUGUUUGCGGUAGGAGCAUGCAGCAGGGAGCGAGCGACGGGGAGCAGGGAAGCGCGCGCUGGGGGAAAGGUUGAGCCGCUUCACUCCCCCCACCUUGUGACCAGUCACAGGUUAGUUGCUUGCACGGCCUGGCUCGUCGCUUCGUGACGGAUUCUGUAGUUCGGUUGCACUGGACUCGGAACGACGUCCGCAGAGGCCCCGCAUGCAAUGCUUAGCACGGUUCUGAACUACUAAGCACCACACGCGUUUGAGUGGACAAGUUGUCCACUCUUGGCGCGCCGACUGACUCCAACUACCGGCUGACUCCAACUUAGCGCGCCGAUUUUGAGGCGUCUCAACUCAAACCCCACUACAACUUCGUCAACGGCCAAACCAUUCUUGUUUCCCGUCACCGCUACUGCGUCACCGUUACCGUCAGCGUCAACGUGACCGUGAACGUCACUGGCGUACCAUCACGGUUUCUGUCACUGUCACCACCAACGCUGUCCGCUUUUCCCACAACCGUCCCGCCGCCUUCGAUGCCGGUCGCUCGCAUCCCUGCCCCCGCGCGACACGUGGCAUGGUUUCUACUGACGCGGAUUCUCCUCCUUACGUGCACGAUUCUCGCAGCCGUCGGCGUCACCAUCGACUCUGACGAAUUUGCGGUGCUGCAGGUGCUCAAGGGCGAGUGGGGCGCGUUCCAGGGGAGCGGGUCGUGGCUGCUGGGCGGGGAAUGCGGCGCCAUGGAGGGGCUCUCCUGCAACGAGGCCGGCCAGGUCACCAUGAUGGACCUCAAGAGCCAUGGCCUUGCGGGGACGAUCCCAACGGAAAUAGGCUCGCUCUCCAAGCUCACAUUGCUGUCAGUCCAUACCGCAUGCACACGGCAUGCAGCACACAGCAUGCAGCACACAGCAAGCAGCACACAGCAUGCAGCACACAGCAUGCAGCACACAGCAAGCAGCACACAGCAUGCAGCACACAGCAUGCAGCACACAGCAUGCAGCACACAGCAUGCAGCACACAGCAUGCAGCACACAGCAUGCAGCACACAGCAUGCAGCACAGCAGCACACCAUGCAUUUGACAAAAACACAUGCAGUUGCUCCCUUCUCGCUGCCUUUCUUCUGCCGCUCAGCUCGCUCCAUGCUCCCUCCCUCCUCACAUUGCACACCCCUGCUUUCCGUCACCUGCCUUCCUAACCCUCCGCGCCCUUCCCACUCUCUCCGUGGCAACAGGCAGCUGUCGUCCAAUGCGCUAGUGGGAGACAUACCCGAUUCCAUCGGCAACCUGCCCAGACUGCUCUUCCUGUCAUUCACCCUCUUCCGCCUCGCCUUCCCCCAUCAUGCCAUGCCACUGCUGUUCCACCCUACCCCUCUCUCGUUAAAGCCCCGCAUGCCCCUGUGGCCUGUGGCGGCUGCUCCUGGGGUUUCUGCAGGCUGUGUUAUCCUCGAGCCGUCUAGGGGCAGUGCCAGGUGGCCAGCGGUGGAGCAGUGCCAGGCAGGCAGUGCAGUGCAGUGCAGCAGUGUUGUAGUGUUGUAGGUAGCAGCUGCUUGCACUGUGUGGAGGUAAGGGGAAUCGAGAACGAGAACGAAGUAUGCAGGGAAGGGAACACAUAACUGGCACAGCAGGGGACUCCAUCCACAAGCUGUAUGUGUGCAUCGCCAUUGUGCCUGCUUCUGCUUCCUCUAACCUUCUGCUCCUUCUGCCCCGUUCUGCUAUUCCCUCUGCUCCUUCUGUUCUGACCUCACCUUUUGCUCCUCCAUGGUCCCAUCAGCUAUCUGGACGACAACCCGCUGUCGGGAUCUGUGCCGACCGCCAUUAAACGGCUGGCCAACUUGCAAGAACUGUCUCUGGACAAGAACCGCCCCGUUGGAGCCCUUCCCCCCAGCAUUGGGGACCUGCGCACGCUCCAGUCCCUGCUCGAGUCCGUCUGUCUGCCUCCGUGGGCUCUCUCUACCCGCCAGGUCCAUCACUCACAACCAACUUUUCGGCUCCCUGCCUGCAACAAUUACCCACCUCACCUCCCUCUCCCACCUAUCACUGGACUUAUACGAUCUGGAUGGCCCACUCACCUCGCUUGCCGCUCUCACCAACCUGCGUUUCAUGGUACUGGACUACAACCAGCUAUCGGGGUCCCUCCCAACUAGGAUAACUUUGAUGACCAACUUAGUGCAGCUCAACCUGCGCAACAACCAGCUGACGGGCGCACUCCUCUUGAAGCCCUCCGCGUCCCUGCAGCAGUACCAGCUUGACUCCAACUUCUUCUGCUGCCCCUUCCCCUCCCCUCUGGACUGCACGGGCGUGACCGUAUUCUCCAACUGCGUUCUCUCCACAAUCAGCGGCCCGGAUAUUAACAUGUGAGCGGGGCCGCCACAGCGCGGCCCGGCAGUGUGCAACGCGUUCUGUGGGCUGGUGUGGGACGAGGCUCUUGGGGAUGUGGUGUUGCCAUGCGGCGGGCAUGGGACGUGCUACUUUGAGGGGGUGAACCGGGUGCCCUCGUGCAUCUGCGACGUGGGGUUCGUGCAAGGGGAGCUGCCUGGGAGCUGCAUUGAUGCAGAAUACAAUCCUGGUUACACAAACCUCAAAUCUGAGGACGGUGUGGCAAUGUUAUUCGACGGCACUGCAGCACCGGCCGGGGGCGGCAUCGGGCGGAUCAGCCUGCCCCAGCUGCCAGCAGCAGCGGACUCGUGGGGCGCGGCCUUCAUAGCCCGCCCCGUCCGCUCUACUCCUUUGCCGUCAAGCGAACCGAACAAGGCUGCCAGUUCGGCUUCCGAGUCGCUUUCACCUUUCUGCUCAACCUGGCGGGUGCCUCUGGUGGUGGGAGCGGGGGCGGCAGUGGCGGCGGCGGUGGCGGCGGCAGUGGUGAUGGUGGUGGUUCGGAAACACAAAGUGACGCGGAGGGCUUUGCGUCCGUGAUCUCGGCGUCCGCAGAGACGUCCCCGAGGCCAGCAGCGGGCUGCGGUAUUAAGGCAUGAGCACACGCAGCGUGGCGGUGGAAUUCGACACAGCCAAGAGCGCAGGGACCGGCGACCCCAACAGCAACCACCUGGGGGUGAAUGCGCACGGGCUGCUCACCUCAAUCGCCACCACAACCCCGCCCUUUACCCUCAACGACGGCGCGAUGAAGUACGUGUGGGUGGAGUAUGAGCCCCUUCAAGCUGGCGGUGCACUGGAGGUGUUUGUCUCAGACGAUCGGGCUCAGCCCGACAAGCCGCUGCUCAGGCUAAAAAUCGCCCUGUGGAGGAUUCUCCAGCCCAGUAGCACAAACAGCGACGGCAGGGCGUACUUCUUUGGAUUCACGGGAACCAGCUCCUCUCCUCCACAGGCUCAGACCAUCCUGUCUUGGUCUAUUACCACUGCCGCAGCGUGGCGAAUCACCACUGGAUUCUCACUCGGGUUCGAGUUUGACCUCGCUGCACUAUCUGCCCCAAGCGAAUGCCAUCUUUCGGUAUUCCAGCGCAGGGUUUAUAUGGCAGAGUGAAGGGGCAGGGCAGGGCGGAGCAGGAGCGGGAGGGGCAGGGGCGGCAGCGGAGGGGUGGGAGGCGCAACAACAGAACCAGCAGAACCAGCAGAACCAGUAGAACCAGCAGCAGCAGGCGAGUCUGAUGUGGCUGGUGGAGUGCCAGGGUGUGUGUGGGGACUGCUGGGCAUAUGCGGUGGUGGGCAGCAUCGAGGCGGCCUACGGCAUCCUGCUCAACGCAGCACAGCCACAGCUGUCAGCUGAGAGGCUCAGGCGAGACAUGAGGGCGGGGUGCGGCGGAGGAUCGUCCUUUCUAGCCUUUGCGUACCUUGUCGCUGCUGGGAAGGCCAGCAAAGGCCUGCUGCCUGGGAGUAACAAGACUGCAAAACCUGCUGCUGCUUCUUCUGCUGCUGCUGCUGGUGGGAUGAAAGUGGCAGGUGGGGGAGUGGGGGGUGGUUGGGGGAAGAAUGGGGGAGGAGGAGGGCAGGCAGGGCAGGCGGGGCAGCAGAGUGCGGGUAGCGGGCUGGUGCAGCUGCUCAAACGGCUAUUCGGAGGGAAGAAGAGGAAGAAGCGACCUCUGGCACGGAGGGGCAUGAGGAUUGCGGGAUUCGAGCGCGCGUCUUUCUACGGCUGGUUUUGGCUGCUGCUGGCGGUGCGGCGGCAACCAGUGGUGGUGCACAUAGAGGCGUCUGCACCUUCGUUCAUGGAGUAUGAUGGGUUUUACAAGUACGCGGACCCCUUGUGCUUCACGUACAGCCUGAACCACGUGGUGCUGCUGGUGGGGUACCGCCUGGUGGGGGCAGACGACGCCUUCCCCCACAUGGUGCCGCCCUUCUGGAUCAUCCGCAACUCAUGGGGAGCUGCCUGGGGCGAUGGGGGCCACAUGCGCAUGGACAUCCAGGGGGGCGACGUGGUGUGCGGCAUCAACACGCUGCCAGGCCUCUACCCCAUCGUCAGAAGCAGCAAGGACCCCUGUAGCGGAGGGGCCAUGGGGGACGGCAGUGGCUCGCUCUUCAACGCCUGCGGCGGCUUCCCCUGCCGGCGCGAUGGCAGCACCUGUUAGAGAUAGGCUGCAAUUCGGUUGGCACAACUUUGUGUGUUGGCAAUUUGUUGGUUUUAGGGAUACGCAUAUUUGUUAGGUUGGGUGUAGCCAUGUUUUCAUCCCCAACCUAUCCCAACCCAAUCCAUCCCAAAUCCAUCCCAAAUCCUCACGAUUUGGGAGGAUUCCCUUGGGAUUCCCUCCGAUUCUCCCUUAUCCCUU